AUGUCUUGCCAGAACAACAACUCCACCAACACCAAGGAGAACGCCGGCCGUCGCCGCAGCUCCACAGUCCUCGCCUCUACGGGCAACUUCGACAAUGAGCCUGUUGAUCGCAGCUCUGAAACUGUCCUGACUCGCAAGCAGAAGCGUGCGAAUCGCCGAAGCACUCUUCGGAUGCAGUCCGAGGUGGCUCCAUUCCUUGGAAUGAACUUUAGUGACGAGGAGGAUGGGAAGGAUAAGACUCAGGUCGGGGAUAAGAAGGAAGACGAGCAGGCGAACCAGAUGAAGGAUGACGAGUCGAAGAAGGACGACAAGGAUGAAGCUGAGGCUGAGAAGGAGAAGUAA